AUGUUCACAGCCGUCCCCAGCCGGGUAAGUAUGCCGGAGCUUGACGCCCGGAUUCUUCAGUACUGGAAGGAAAACGACGUCUUUCGGCGUACUGAAUCUGAGCGUCCCGAUGCACCCCUUUUCAUGCUUUACGAGGGCCCACCGACUGCCAAUGGCAGCCCCGGGAUUCAUCACGUGCUGGCCCGCGUCUUUAAGGAUGUAAUUUGCCGCUACCGGACUAUGAAGGGGUAUCGGUGCAUCCGCAAGGGUGGUUGGGACACCCACGGCUUGCCUGUGGAGCUUGAAAUAGAAAAGGAACUCGGACUCAGUUCCAAGCGGGAAAUCGAAGAAUACGGUAUUGAAAAGUUCAAUGCACAGUGCCGGGAAAGUGUGUUUCGGUACGUUAAAGAAUGGGAGGUAAUGACUGACCGCAUCGGCUUUUGGGUCGAUAUGGAAGAUCCCUACGUCACCCUGCACAACGACUUUAUUGAGACCGGCUGGUGGAUCCUGAAGCAGCUAUGGGAUAAGGACCUUCUUUAUGAAGGCCUCCGGGGAACUCCCCACUGUCCCCGUUGUGAGACCAGCCUGAGUUCUCACGAGGUUGCGCUGGGAUACCAGGAAAACACUCCCGACCCUUCCGUAUUUGUGAAGUUCCGCAUAUCCGAACCGGUUAACGGCUUGCCUCAGGUAGAAGGUGUGCCCACCUUUUUCCUGGCAUGGACCACCACUCCCUGGACCCUGCCGGGCAACACCGCUUUGGCAGUCGAUGCCGAUGCAGAGUAUGCGGUGGUUGAGUUGGACCAUGAUGGUCAAAAGCAGCGAUUGAUUCUGGCAAGCCAACUGCUGGAAUCAAACAUGCGGGAAGAGUACGCUUCCGUAGCCGUGCUCAAGGGAUCGGAUCUGGUUGGUACAGGAUACGAACCUCUUUACCACCCGACGGAGUUUGGGGCCGAGAUUCGACGUUUUGUGCGUGAAACCGGGCCCGGGGGGACUACUAGCAUCGACUUGGUUUCGACGACAGAUUUUUCUCCGAAGGUCGUGUCCGGUGAUUUUGUUUCCAUGGACGACGGCACGGGCAUUGUACACAUAGCCCCUGCCUUUGGUGAUGAGGACCUCGGGUUGGGCCGGGAAAAGGAAUUAGCCUUUGUCCAGCCCGUUAACCUCCAGGGCAACAUAACGGGCGGCUAUGCUUUCUCCGGCAAGUUCGUUAAACAGGCCGACGAAGAAAUCAUGCAGGACCUGGAUGGUCGCGGGUUGCUGCACCAUCGGGACAUCUAUCGUCACACCUAUCCCUUCUGCUGGCGCUGUGAUACGCCCCUCCUCUAUUAUGCCAAGUCUUCCUGCUUGGAGGAACUGAAAGAAAAAGUAUCUUCAGCUAGUCAAGGCAUUUUUGACGAUUUGGACCUGCAUCGACCCUUCGUGGAUGAUGUGACGCUUAAUUGCUCCCAGGAUGGGUGCAGCGGACAGAUGCGUCGUAUCCCCGAGGUGAUGGAUGCCUGGUUUGAUUCCGGGGCCAUGCCCUUCGCCCAGUGGCACUACCCCUUUGACAACUCCAACAUCGGCGAAGAUGGUCGCUUUCCGGCGGACUACAUUUGCGAGGCGGUGGACCAGACACGCGGCUGGUUCUACAGCCUGCAUGCCUUGGCAACACUCCUGAAGGACGCCCUCCGCUGGUACCUCUUUACGGCUUCCCACCCUGGAGAGCCUCGGCGCUUCUCCGACAAGCUCGUUAGCGAGACGCUUCGCCGGGUCUUGCUGACAUUGUGGAAUGUCUAUUCGUUCUUCACAAACUAUGCCAGCAUUGACAACUUCCAUCCCGACCAGGUGCCCCAGGGCUGGAAGCCCGAGAAUGAACUGGACCGCUGGAUUUUGUCAGAGCUGAAUGUUCUUGUUGAGCAGGUGGACGGGUACAUGGAUGCCUAUAAUCCCACCGACUCGGGGCGCAGGCUACAGGAGUUUAUUGACCAGCUUUCAAAUUGGUACGUGCGCCGCAGCCGCCGUCGGUUCUGGAAGAGUGAAAACGAUACUGAUAAGCUUUCCGCCUACGCGACUCUUCACCGCUGCCUGGUGACUGUGUCCAGGCUAAUGGCACCCCUGGCGCCUUUCAUGGCCGAGGAAAUUUACCAAAACCUGGUAUGCUCGGCUGAUUCCUCGGCUCCGGACAGUGUCCAUCUUGACAGUUACCCGGUGCCGGAUCCUGCUCUCAUUGACCGGGAGCUUAUGGAAGCCACCCGCCUUGCAAUGCAGGUUUCCAGCAUGGGGCGGGCAGCCCGCUCCCGGGCCGGGGUUAAGGUGCGUCAGCCCCUUGCUGAGGUGAAAGUCUGGGGACAAGCCAAAUACCUUGCGCAAGUGCAGUCCCAAAUCCUGGAAGAGCUCAAUAUAAAGCAGCUAACGGUCAUAGAAGAUUUUGAAGGCGAAGCGCAGGGAUAUUUCGACCAGGUCCGGGCGGCUACGGAAGCUAGGAACAAGGGCGAAUUUUCCGGUCACGGGAUUCACCAGAUUGGGAAUUACUGGGUUUCUGUAGAACCGGGGUGCCUCGUAGCCAUCGACACCAAGGUGUCAGCGGAAUUGGCCGAUGAAGGCUUGGCCCGGGAGUUGGCCCACCGGAUCCAGGGUCUGAGGCGAAACGCAAACUUCGAACUCACGGACCGCAUAGCCACCUACUAUGAAGGACCCGAAGAAAUCGCCCGAGUUAUGGGGAGCCACUCCGACUACAUCAGCCAGGAGACGCUGAGCGACCAACUGGUUGCGGGCCCCUUGGAAAACCCGGAGGGUGUUGAAAGCCAGAAGAUAGAGGGCAUGGAAGUUACCCUGGCUGUCAAGCGGUUGUAG